AUGUCCAACAUUGUGCCUAAAAUCGUGAUAAAACCGCGCAGCUCGGCGCCAAUCUCAGCGCUGCCGGCAAACACUCAAAGCCCUCCUGUAGAGCGCGAUUCUGGAGAAGACGAGGAAGAAGGAGAUGCUGAGAACGAAGACAGUCAGGCCAUGGAUGUGGACGAAGAGGACCCGGGAUCGAAUGAAGAGCCUCCUCACGGACCAGUCGACGAGGACGAAGGCGCAGAUGUCGUCACCAUUCCUACACCCCGACCGCGAGGAAGACCCAGGGGAUCCGGACGAGGCAGAGGAACAUCGAGCGGUGCAAGCACUCCGCGGGCGCGUGGCAGAGGCAGGGGACGCGGCAGACCUCGUGGUCGCGGGUCUCUGCUGAUCAGAUUACCAAGGAGAAACGACGACGACACCGACUUUGACGGGGAGGAAGGCGGCAGCGAGGACGUUGAACGUGGCGAGGGGACUCCGCUGGAGGGUGAAGAGAUCGAGAAAGAGGUCCCUCUGGGCGGUGGCAAGCCCUUCCGCAAGAUCCUGGGUCAGGCGUAUGUCAUCGACGGCGACGAGUACGUGACGGAGGACGACCCGAAGGGAGACGAGAAGAUUGACAAGUGGGGGAACUUGCUGGGAGGACGGCGCUUCAAGUCUGCUACAUUCAUCCUCCCGAACCGACAUCCACAACGGCAGUACAUGCUGGCCAUCGACGCAGCACGAACAUCGGGGUUCCGGGACUCGCUGUACUACUUCCGUAAGAACCUGCUCGCGCUCAAGCUCAAUGCGACGCAGCAGGAGAAAGAAUACUUGAUCAGUGAGGGCAAGCUAGGCUCGCACCUGCGCACGAGGAGCGUCACCCUCGUCACCGCACGCAGCGCCUUCAAACUGCACGGGAGCAAGAUGAUCUUCGAGGGAAGAUGGGUAACGGACGACUACUACGAAGGCAAGGUGCUCGAGGAGAUCACAGCCCGCGGUCUCAAAGCCGGAGAUCCUGUUGGCGACCUGCCCGACCCCAAUGCGACACACCACAACAACGAGCUGUCUGCGCUCAAUGCCGCCUCUGCGGCGGGUACAGCCAAGGGCGACCGAGGUGGUGGCGGAGGCGGAGGGAUCUACCGUGCGGGUGGCCCAACGACGAUCUUCGCGGGCAGUGGCUGGGGGCCGUACAGCGAUGGGCCUUUGAACGCGGUGCGGAAGAGCGUUCUGAGCCGGGAUGGGGUGGACGAGGACAACUGGAUGUGGAUGAUGGCGAACCGGGUGGCGGCAGCGUCGGAAGAGUGGACGAAGUUGCGGAAGGAGGCAGUAAAGGUCGUGGAGGGCGUGGAUGGGCUGGUGAUGGGUGGUGCGGUGCUGCCCCCGAACGGGAGUCAGCAGACAAGUGGGGGCGAGCAGGAGACGAAGAAAAGGAAAGUGCGUGUAGACACGACGCCUGCGGUCGGUGUGUACGAGCCCCACUCAAACGUCGUCCAAUAUCGGGCCGACACCCAACCAACCUCUGCACGAUGGGACGUGCUACCCGACACAGCGUCGAAACGCGUCAUUGGAGGCACGAAGGUCGGAAACGGUGCUUGGGCAGUUGCAUGGGUGGACACGAUCAUGGAGUUCCCAGACGAGACAGCGCUUGCUGCUUUGCCCGAAGCGCAGACGCGCGAAAAAUUGCUGAGAGAGGCGGAGGGCUCUGGGUUGCAGCCGAUUGAGUUCACGUAG